AAUAUUUUUUUUCUUUUCCCUACUCCGCGGUAAAAAAAUAACCAAGAUGCAGCAAGUCAAUGAUCCGCCGCCGCCGUCCGCCGUGGAGGAGCCAGAGCCGCCGGAGUGCCCGGUAUGUCUGCAGCCUUACGACGCUGUGACAGCCAUCCCGCGCGUCCUGAGCUGCGGCCAGACCACCUGCGAAGCCUGCCUGAAGUUGCUCCCCCGCCCAUUCCCUAACACUAUCCGGUGCACCGUCUGCACCCUCCUCCUCAAAUUACCCAACUCGCUCUCUUCGCUCCCCAAGAACCUCGACCUCCUCUAUUUCUCCUCCCUUCUCCAUCGCACCCGCCCCCUCGAAGAGAAAACAGUAAUUCCGCCGGGAACAAAAUCGGCUUCACCUCCCUCUGUUUUGAAGCCGUGGCCGCAUGAGUUUUAUUGUAGAUGGAGGAGAUGGAUACUCCCAGAAGACUGUAUUUCGAUUGGGGGAGCUCGUCUGGAUAGUGAUGGUGGGGUUUUGGAUGGAAUUGUUUUGAGGUUUUUUGGGAGUGAUCGUGUGAUGGGGUGUGUUUUGAGAGAGAAAGAAUAUGUGGGUCUUGUUAAAGUUGGGAUUUUGGUGGAAGGUUCGAAGUUGAUCAAGCCAAGCUAUGAGUCGGGAAUCCUGACUGUUUUGUGGGGGAUGGGGGAAGAAGAGAGAGACAAAUUGGGGGUUAUUUUGAAUGCUGGUUUUAGAGUGAGUAAUGUGGGGAAGGCCUAUGGGUUUUGGUGUGAUGAGGCGGAUAAGAGCGUGUAUAUUGUUUUCCAGAAAUUUGCUUCGUCUAAUUUUAUUACUGAUUGUGUUUUCAAGAGAGGGAAGGUUGAAAAUGAAAGGCUCAUUGCUGAUGAAAUGAGUUUUCUGGGAGUGGUUGGUGUGGAAAUAUGUGAGGUUUUGAGCCGCUUGCAUUUAGAGGGGCUAACUGUUGGUUACUUGAGUUUGAAUUGUCUUGGUUUCGAUUAUUUUAGUCGUGUUUGUGUAGACUUAAGCGAGGUUGUAAAUAGCAGUAGGAGAGUUAGUAGAGCAGUGCAUAGGGCUUGCACGGAUGCGGAUUUUGGUUUGAAGGAUAUGUUAUUGGAUCAUCAAAACCUUGUGUUUCUUAGUCCGGAGGUGUUGUUGCAGUUAGUUGUGAAGGCGGCGGGGUGGUUUGAGAUGGAUUCGCUAAACGUGUAUGAAGUAGGUCCUGUUUCGGAUGUUUGGUCAGUGGCCUCUUUACUGGUUUGGGUUAUUGUUGGAAGCUCUUUUGUGAAAGAGAUGGAGUCUUUCUUGCAUUCUGUGGUUAAUGCUGUUAGAAAUGAAAAGGGUUGUGAUUACGCUGGUUUGUACGUAGUGUGGAUGGAGAAAGUUUCUGCGUUGUUGAAGAGGAGACUAGGAUUGGAUUUUGCUCCGUUGCUGGAUAUUUUGUGCAGAUGUCUGGGUUUAGAGCCUGGACAUCGGCCUAUGGCAACUGAACUAUGGAAAUGCUUGAGGGGGUUGGUUGUUAAACCUCAGUUUGAUAUUGGACUCACCUUGAGAAAUGAGCAGAGAAAUCAAGAGUCGGGUCAUUGUAUAGUACUAGGAGAUGUAUGGCGCAUGGUUGAUGAAACUGAGGAUGGUUCGAAGGGAGAAGAAGAGAGUGGUAAAGAUGAUGUGAGAUUGAGGGUUGAAGGAGAUGUAAUUGAUGGCAUCGCUCAUGGUAAUUUCAAAUGUCUAGAGAUGAAAGGUCAUCUUGGUUUCAUCACAGGAUUAGCUAUCAGUGGGGGCUUCCUCUUCAGCUCCUCGUAUGAUAAGAUAGUCAGUGUAUGGUCUCUGGAGGACUUCACUCAUGUUCAUUCGUUUAAAGGUCACGAGCAUAAAGUUAUGUCUGUUAUUUUCGUGGAUGGCAAACAACCAUUGUGCAUCAGUGGUGAUAAUGAAGGUGUUAUAUGCAUCUGGGACGCUAGUUUUCCCUUUUCCGAAGUGCCAAUUAAGAAGUUGCACGAGAAUAAGGAUUGGCGGUAUAGUGGCAUUCAUGCAAUGACAAAUUCUGGUACUGACUAUCUGUUCACCGGCAGUGGAGACAGAUUAGUAAAAGCAUGGUCACUGCAGGAUCAUAAUUUUGUGUGUGCUAUGAGCGGUCACAAGUCAGUAGUCUCGUCACUUGUACUUUGCAGUGGCGUCCUAUAUAGUGGAAGCUGGGAUGGGACUGUUCGAUUAUGGUCUCUUGGCGAUUAUAGUCCUCUAACGGUGUUGGGGGAUGACAAGCUCGGAAAUGUAGUACCAGUUUCGUCUCUUGCUGCUGAUCACAAUUUGCUCUUCGUUGGUCAUGACAACGGCAACAUAACGAUAUGGCACGAUGAUGUCCUCGUGAAGUCUACUCAGAGGCACGAAGGUUCCGUCUUCUCAGUCGCUACAAACGGGAAAUGGCUGUUUAGCGGGGGCUGGGACAAGAAAAUAAGUGUGCAGGAAGUAUCCGAAGCUGCAGAAGGGGUGGACGUCGUCCCUCUUGGGACCAUCGCCUGCAACUCCCCGAUAACGGCUCUGUUGUAUCGGCAUGGGAAGCUAUUUGUUGGUCAAGCCGAUAGAAUUAUAAAGGUAUGGUUUUAUUAAUUGUUAUAAUCAGUGCUAAUAAGAUGAUUAAUCAAAUCAAAUCAUAUCAUCUAUGACUCACCAUUAUUUCCUAAGCUUUAUUUUCUCUUUACAUACAAUCAUAUGGCAUUUACAGCAUGUCUAUACUAGGACCAGAUCAAAAAUUCUAUUUUCCUAAAUUGAGUUAAAUCUUAAUAUAUGAAGUUGAUGUGUGUGACAGGUCUACUAUGGAGUGUAGCAAGGGUGUGGAGAUUGUCUUUUUCAUCGAUCUCAUGGUUUCUGCAUUUCGAAAUAUUUGUGUAGAGUGAGGUUCAAAUGAGAACCUUCAUAUUGUGAGAAUGUAGUAAAUUUAUACGUACAGUGUCAAUUUAUGUAUGUAUACCGAAAAAUGUAAAGAGAUGGAAGGUAGAUAUCAAUAUCUCAACGUCUUAUUUAGAUCGAAAUUUAAGAUUUUGAUAA